GUGUGUGUGUGUGUGUGUGUGUGUGUGUGUGUGAGACUAGAGGGGGCUGGAUCUCCUGAUUGAAUCCAGCUGUUGUGGGGUGGAAAGAGCUCGGAGGGGCCCGUCACUUUGCAUUGCUGAACUGAUCCUUGCAGUCGACGCAUCUGUGCAGAAACAGGACAGUCUAUGUGUUUAUGUGUUUGGAGGUCAUUUUGUGCAGCUCCUGGUCAAUGAGCCGAACUUCAGCUGCUUGAUGAGAAGCUGCUGUCAUCGGGUGCAUAGUUGGGGCAGCUGGAGUGAGCCCCGCUGGCUUUUUAUUUACAGCUCGUCUGAAUCUUUCAUUCCAGAAGGAGCGCAGCAGGAAAUGUGUGGCCUCAGGUUGUGUCCCACUGGAAGGAUGCUGGCUGCUCUGGUAUUUAUUCUGCUUUGUAUCCAGUCUGGACACGGACAGACCUGCACAAACGGAUUUGUGUUUGACAGCAGGUUACGAGAGUGUUCAGAUGUGAAUGAGUGUGUGAUUAUGCCUCGAGCUUGCCAAGGAGAGAUGCGCUGUGUCAACCAGAUUGGAGGMUACCGUUGCAUCCCCAUUGGCUUAUAUGAUCGUCCUUACAGCCCUAACAGCCCCAUCCUACCAGAACUGAGCUACCCAGACUCCACUGGUGGAGCUGGGGACACAUUCCAACCAGUUCUUCCCAGAUCUGUGGAGCCAAGCUACCCCAGAGUGAGCAGACCCCCACUGUGCACCCUGGGGUACACUCCUGCUGAGGAUGGCACCUGUAAUGACAUAGACGAGUGUGAGACAAACUCUCACCACUGUAACCCCACCCAGGUGUGCAUCAACACAGCAGGGGGCUACACCUGCUCCUGCACCGAAGGCUACUGGCUCAUCGGUGGGCAGUGCCAGG